ACAACAUGAAGCAAAAAUUGGCAUCAUCAGUUAGAUUAAUAUUUCUGCUGUUUCUGAACAUAGAGUGUUUGAAUGAGCAAUCACCUCCUGGAAAGCCUGAGAUUUUGAAGUGUCAUUCUCCAGAAAUGGAAACCUUUACUUGCUGGUGGAAGCCUGGCUCAGAUGGAGGACUUCCUACCAACUACACUCUGCUGUACAGCAAGGAAGGAAAAGAACAAACGUAUGAAUGUCCAGAUUACAAAACUGCAGGUCCCAGUUCCUGUUACUUUGACAAAAAGCACACCAAUCUCUGGACAUCUUAUAACAUUUCUGUAAAGGCAACUAAUGAGAUGGGAAGUAACAUCUCUAAACCUCAUUAUGUGGAUGUGACUUCCAUAGUUCAGCCAGACCCUCCUGUCAACCUAUCUCUAGAAGUAAAGAAACAAGUAGAUGGAAAACCUUAUCUGUUGUUGAAAUGGAAUCCACCUCCAUUGGCUGAUGUCAAAUCUGGGUGGCUUACUCUUGAAUACAGGUUGCGACUAAAACCUGAAGAUGGGGAAGAGUGGGAGACAAUUAUUGUGGGACAACAAACACAAUACAAGUUGUUUAGUUUAAACCCAGGAAAGAAAUACAUUGCACAGGUACACUGCAAACCAGACCAUGGAGAAUGGAGUGAAUGGAGCUCAGAAAAUUAUAUUCAAAUCCCAGGUGACAUAGAAUUGAAGGAUGUGAUUGUCUGGAUCUUUGUGGCUGUAUUAUCAUCUGUCAUUUGCUUAAUCAUCAUCUGGACAAUGGCUUUGAAAGGCUAUAAUAUGGUAGCCUGCAUCUUACCACCAGUUCCAGGGCCCAAGAUAAAGGGACUUGAUACACAUCUGCUAGAGACGGGGAAGUCUGAAGAGUUAUUGAGUGCUCUGGGUUGCCAGGACUUCCCUCCACCGUCAGACUGUGAAGACCUACUGGUAGAAUUUCUGGAGGUAAAUGAUAGUGAUGAUCAACAACUGAUGCCAAGUCAUGAAAAAGGUCAUCCCAGUAAAAAUACGAAAUCAGCACACAAGGAAACAGUCAGUGACUCAGGGAAAGGGAGCUGUGACAGCCCUUUCCUGCUCUCUGAGAAGAGCAGGGGGCUCAGAAUCCCUCCAUCAGCAUUUCAAACACCAAAUGUCAAUGAAAUUCCAGAAAAUAAUGCCAGAAAAAGCAACUGUGAAAUACAGAGCAUAGACCUGGGAAAAGGGAAAAUACCCUAUAUUUACACUGGUAGUGCAAUGUUAUCUACAUGGCCUGGAACUCAGCUAGUUAACAACCAGACUCCUAAAUGCUCCUGCCACAACAUUACAGAUGUUUGUAAGAUAGCCCUUGGCACCAUGAAUGUGAAUGUCACCUCAGUUUUGGUGGGAAGUGAGGAAACUCAACAGUUGCAAUAUUCUAAACCCAUUGAAACUAUCAGUGAGGAAAAACUGGACAAGCAAGGAGAACUGGAGAGCUUGCAUUCCAAAGUUGACCCAGACACAAUGCAGUUGCUGCCCAAUGAGAAGUCACCUUUUUUGUCUGCUAAACUGAUGGAUUAUGUAGAAAUUCACAAAGUCAAUCAAGAUGGAGCAUUAGCUGUAUUACCGAAACAGAAAGAAAAUAGUGGCAAAACUGAAAACUGCACCGGCCCUGGAACCAGCAAAGAAUAUGCAAAGGUCUCAAGAGUUGUAGACAACAACAUUCUAGUAAUAAUACCAGUUUCAAGAGUUCAGACUACACCUAUAUUUCAAGAACCUCCAAAGGAAUCUAUUCAGAACCUUCAGCAGGGUCAAACAGAGAAAAAUAUGAGCUAUUGUUUUACAACUCCAAGUGAAUGCAAAAUAGAUGCAGGUGGAUUAGAUUACCUGGAUCCAACUUCCUUUAUGUGCUCCUUUUAAUUAACUGAAAGUUUGAUUUAUUCUUCUUCAGGUGAUACUACAGAGUAAAUUACAUGAAAUUAAAAUGGAAUGUUCCCAUUUGUGGAUUGCAUAGAAUUACACUACUAUAGCUCAGUUGUAGCUCACACCCGUCUCUUUUCUAUUGUCUGCAGAACAAAUUAUUUCAUUUUCUAAUUGUGAUGUAUAGAUUUACUUUUGUUAAUAGUUAUGUACAGUAAAACAAAAGCACAUGGCCUGGUUUCUUGAAAAACCCAUACAAACUGAGGCACAAUAAAGAGGGAAAAAAAAAGGAUUUGUAGGUUUGUGAUAAAGUAAAUAAACCUCAGAUCAUUAAAAUAGGUUUUCAGUUUAGGGGGAAAUGACAAGGAAGUUGAUAUUAUGUGCCAUGAAAAGUACAUUGUAAACACAUUAUUGGACCUUGUAUUUCUUCUACUAUUUGAUUUAAAAGUAGCCAAAUAUUGUAGGUUCAACAAAGAUACAAAAUUUGGAGAGGUUGGUCAGUAUACCAUGAUUAAGGCUAAGGUAUUGUCAUGGAUAUUUUUAGUAAAAGUCAUGGGCAGGUCACAGGCAAUAAAGAAAAAUUCACAGAUGCCCAUGACCUGCCCAUGACUUGGACCCCACAUCACCUCUGGGGACUCGAUGCUCCAGGGUCCCCCACUGCCUGCAGAUUUGAGCUGUGGAGUCCCCUGCUGCUCAUGUGGCUCAUACCUCCCAGACCCCCCGGAGAUGUGGGGUAUCCCCACCACCUACAUCAGCUUACAGGACAGGGAAACCCUGCAGUUCUCAGCCACUACACACUGAAGUCACAAAGGUCUCUUCUGUGACUUCUACAACCCGUGACAAAAAUCACAGACUUAGCCAUAAUUGUUCGUACAAUUCCUAGACCAGGUAUACUGCUAAUAAGUUACUUUAGCAUGCAGCCUGUCUUUUCCUAAUGAAUUCUAAACAGUGGUAUAGAUUUUCCUAUUAUAUUUUUUUACAAUCCUAAAUAAAAUUAGUAUUUUGGAUGUUGACAAUUUCAUAUAUAAAAGGUAAUAUACUAAAGUUGAAAAGUAGUAAGCCUUUCUCAACAUAUUUUCCUGCUUUCUUUCAAUAUGAUUACUAAAAUACAUCUCACCAUCUCUUAGCCAAGUAGAACUAAACAACAUUCACUUUUAUUGAAAGAAAAACCACAGCAGGACACUAUCUGCAAGUUAAGAUGUAUGAAUUGGAUAAAUGGACUGUAAAGUGGAUAAAAAGCUGGCUAGAUUGUUGGGCUCAAUGGGUAUUGCUCAACCGCUCAAUGUAUGGCUGGCAGUCAGUAUCAAGAGGAGUGCCUUCAGGGUAGAUCCAUGGUUUUGUUCAACAUCUUUAUUAAUGACUUGGAUGAGGGGAUAGAUUGCACCCUCAGCAAGUUUGCAGAUGACGUAAGCUAGGGGGAGAGGUAAAUACUCUGCAGGGUAGGGAGAGGGUUCAGAGUGAACUAGACAAAUUGAAGAUUUGGGCCAAAAGAAAUCUGAUGAGGUUCAACAAGGGUCCUGCACUUGGGAUGGAAGAAUCCCAAGCACUACUACAGGCUGAGGACCGACUGGCUAACUAGCAGUUCAGCAGAAAAGGACCUAGGAUUACAGUGGAUGAGAAGCUGGAUAUGAGUCACCAGUGUGCUCUUGUAGCCAGCAGAUCUAGAGUCCUGAUUAUUCCCCUGUAUUGGGCACUGAUGAGACAAGCCCACAGCCCUCCCCCUUCUGCUUCAGCCCAACCCCUUCUCAUUCAACCCAAACCAUGGGGGGAGAGAGCAGGCAGGCACGUGCUUACCCCAGCCUCUCCAGCCCUGCAGCACCAGGGGAGGGAGAAGGGCACGCUGCGCAGUCCAACCCCACAACACUGGGUGAUGGAAAAGGGUGUGCAGCGCAGCCCUACCCCAACUGUACUGGGAGGGAAGGCGCUGGGGGCAGCAACACUCUGCCCCCAGAACACCUCCAGCAGGCAUUCUGGGGGCAGAGUGUGGGUGGGGCCAUGCCUGGUGGUUUGGGAAGGCAACCUUCUCCCACCUAUGAUAUCCACUGCCCAUGAUUGUGUUCUGUUCUGAGCCCCCCAUUACAGAAAGCACAUGGACAUAUUGGAGGGCAACCAAAAUGAUUAGGGGGCUGGAGCACAUGAUUUACGAUGAGAGACUGAGGGAUUUGGGCUUAUUUAAUGUACAAAAGAGAAGAGUGAGGGGAGAUCU